AGAUUGCAGUCCAGCCUCCACUCACUCACGCGUGUACUGAGAGUUUGUUCAGUGAACACAAACAGAGGAGCAGCGCGGACCUGUUGAGGAGAAUUUGACAGCAAUUUAUUUUCUGUUUAAAUUGUCGAACCUCUUCGCCAAACUUUGGGACAUUUCUGUCGCUGUAAUAGCUGUUAAAGUCGCCAUGGAGCCGAUAACGAAGUGGACGCCAAAGCAAGUUUUCGAAUGGAUGAGAGGUUUGGAUGACAACCUGCAGCAGUAUGUGACCAACUUUGAGCGGGAGAAGAUCAGCGGGGAGCAGCUGCUGAAGAUCACGCACCAAGACCUGGAGGAGCUCGGCGUGGCCAGGAUCGGACACCAGGAGCUGGUGCUGGAGGCGGUGGAUCUGCUCUGCGCUCUGAACUUCGGGGUAGAGACGGACAACUUAAAGAAUCUGGUUGUGAGGAUGAGAGCCGCCACCAACAGUCUACACAUGGCCACGUCUGACCGCAGGAAAAGCCCAGCGUACGACGGCAGCAUCUCUCGCAAGCCCCCCAACGACUUCCUCACCUCUGUGGUGGAGCUGAUCGGCGCCGCCAAGAGCCUCCUGGCUUGGCUCGACAGGACGCCUCUUACAGGGAUCAGCGACUUCACAGCCACCAAGAACAAGAUCAUUCAGCUGUGCCUGGAGCUCACCACCACAGUUCAACAGGACUGCAGUGUUUACGAGAUGGAAGAGAAGAUCCUGGAAGUUUCGAAGAUUCUGAACAACAUCUGCGAUCAGACCGUGAGAACCACCUCUGACCCCCUCAUGAGCCAGUCAGCCUGCCUGGAUGAGGUCCAGCUGAACAAUAUCAAACCGGGAGAGGGCCUGGGGAUGUACAUCAAGUCUACGUACGAUGGGUUGCAUGUCAUCACAGGAACCACAGAACAUUCACCUGCAGACCUCUCUAGGAAGAUCCAUGCUGGCGAUGAGGUGAUCCAGGUCAACCAUCAGACAGUGGUGGGCUGGCAGCUGAAGUACCUGGUUGUCAAACUGCGGGAGGACCCAAAAGGUGUGGCCCUACUCCUUAAGAAGAGGCCCACGGGGCCAACAGGUUUCACCCCCGCCCCACUCAAGAACAUGCGCUGGAAGCCCGCAGUACCACAGAACAAUUCCUCCUUGAUCAGAAUCCAAUCUCCCUGCGGUUCGGCCAACGGAUCCGCCAAGAAGGAGAAGCCGGCCAUCCUGAACCUGUACAUCCCCCCCCCUCCUCCAAUGCCUUACACCCCACGAGAGGGAAGGACAGAAACCUUCAGCAGCAUCAGCAUCAGUAAAAGACCAAAGGGCUCUGAGUCUCCAAACUCCUACCUGGACCAGGAGAGGAUGAGGCACUGCACCAUCGCAGAGUACGACAAGCUGAGCUUCGGCUGUCCCAUCGAGGCCAACGUGAUCCAGAGCAGACUGCGGGAGCACAAGCCCUCGCGUGGGAAGCCCCGGCCCCUCUCCAUGCCAGUGGAUACCUGCCUGGGUGUGGUAGACCCCUACGCUAAGCCCUGGACACAGGGAAGGAAAGGUGAAGACCUCCUCCACAGAUACCUGAGCAACGAGAGGAUCCCCACCAUCGCAGAGGAGGCCCCCUCGGUGUCCCCCUCGGUGUCCCCCCCCUACAGGCCUGCGGGGGAGCGUCACCUGGUCAGAGUGGACCACAUCAGGGGCAGCCGCUACUACUCCAACUCAGACCUCCACAACAGCGCCACCAUCCCCUACCAGGAGGACCUGAAAAAGACCCCCGUAGGCCCCGCCUCCAAGCGCGCCACGGCAGAUCGCUCCUUACUGGUCAGUUGGAUCAUGCGGCUUAAGCUAUUGACUCACUGAUGAUGCGCUUCCUGUCCGGGGCUUCCUGUCUAUUGUCCUUCCUCAGUGCCUUUUUUUAAGUCCAGCUGUUUUUUUUUUUUAUAACAAUUUUGGGCUUUUUCUCACACUCCUCUCUCCCCCAAAACCUCCAUAUUUCCCUGGUGUAACUACUACUACCAACUACUACUCCUCAACCAAACCUGCUUUUGUAGUACUACAUUACAUCAUCACCCCUUUAACACUGGCUACAACCCUCCUCGUCUCUGACUACAAGUCCCAUCUCUGCCUCAAGAAGACACAGUUUGUUCAGGUUUAGGACACUCUGGCCUUUUGUGCUGUCUACGGACUCCUCUGUACAUAUUAAGCUAUGUCAUGUUUCAGUUGUAAUGCUCUCUGGUACCGUUAUUUAAUACUUGCCUGAUAUUUUGUCAGAUAUUUUGAUUUCAUUUGCAUAAAUAAGUUAUAAGAAUACAGCAUAUUUUGUUAGUAAUACUGCUGUAACUCAAUCAUGUCCCUUUUUUUCUUUCUCAAAUGACACUUUUGUGAGUUGGUUACAUUACCCUCUACCAAAGGUUGCCUCUUGUAAGCUAUGCACACACUUCAGAGAGGAUUUAAUGGUCACUUUAGUUGACGAUGUUGCAUUGGUUGGUAAAAAGGAUGUUUAAACUAGCAAAUAUUUGUGCUGGUUUUAAAGCUAUGCACUCCAUUUCAGUAAACUUGUAUAUCCUGUGUUCUCAGUUGACUCUGAAAUGACCCACCUAAAGGGCCUACACAUACCGCUGGUUGACAGUAACAAAUGGUCUUUUUAAGCCAAUGUCUUUUUUGACACACUGGUGUAAUGGCCUUCUAUUUUCUGACUGAUCACAAGAGACAGAAUGACAGUAUUAUUUUUUUUUAAAAACAGGGAAGAAGUGUCUGUUGUUGCUUUAACUGCCUUUUGUAAGUUUUGAAUAGCCUUUUAUUAAAAAUUGCCGUUCAUGUCAGUGA